AUGGCUUUCACUGCUAACGCCUCUAUCAACUGGACGACCUUAAGUGCGCUCCGGAGCCAAAAGCAUGGUGUUCUUAGUGCAAGCGAUCCUUUAAGACUGAAAUAUAUUUCGAUCAUCGUCAACCAGCGCGCAUUUUUUCACAGCAGAAAUGAUGAAGAAAGCAUGGCGAGGCCAGAAGGCGUCGCAAAGCUUGAAGGCUCGAUUGACAAACACCAGCAUUCAUCAUUUCUACGUAGUAUUGAUUUGAAAUGUCCGACAUCGCAACGAAAAUUGUCCGCACUGGUUCAGGCAGUAGUCAAGACCAAGACAAAUACCGGCGAUUUUGUUCCGCAGAUAGUAAUUCAAAGCCUUUGCACAGCCUACCGAGGUAUGCAUAUUGAUGAAAAAAAAAAGUUUUUACUCAUCUUAGCACAGGAUCUUCAUAUUGACACGAAGGCGGCUUUGCAAAGCGCUGCUCAAUAUGAGCAGAACUUUGAUAAGGUAAAGGACCCUUGCGGUGGACACGUGAACUGGAAACACGAAAAUGUUGAAAGAUACCUGCGUACGUUCAAAAAUUUGCGCAACGCUUUCACACCACUUUAUGAGACAUUUUUCCAACAGAUUUUGUCACAAAGAGAGAACGGCAUGCUGUUUUUGGUGCAUAUGCGUGCGGACCUACUUCAAAUUUUGCGCAAGAGUGCUUCUCAUACCGAAACUACUUCUCUACGUUCACUUGACGCGAGUUUGAAACAAUAUCUGGUAUCAUGGUUCGGCGUGGGAUUUCUUCGCUUAAAGCGUGUAACUUAUGAGCACUCUCCUGGCCAGCUUCUGGAAAAGAUCAUUCGGUAUGAGGCUGUACAUCCUGUGGGCACAAUUGCCGAGCUAAAGAGGCGGCUUGGCAACGGUCGCCGUUGUUUUGCUUUUUUUCAUCCAAGUAUUCCAGAAGAGCCUUUAGUCUUUGUACAUGUAGCGUUGAUGCAAGAGAUGGCAACCAGCAUGCAGUCAAUUCGCGAUGGAACGGAGCAAUUUGGUGACACGUCUCAGACAAAAGCUGCAAUAUUCUAUUCCAUCUCUUCGACGCAAAAAGGACUUUCGGGAGUGGACCUUGGCAACUUUUUAAUUAAAGAAGUCGCCAAAUCUCUUAAAAAGGAGUGCCCGCAUUUAAAAACUUUCGCAACUUUGAGUCCUCUGCCCCACUUUAUGUCAUGGCUCGAAACCCAGCGGUAUAAGACUGAUGAUUUGUUGGUGACUUUACCUGAGCUCGAUGCCUUGGUUGAUGUUCUUCAUGAACGUGGCAAUGCUACUCAAUUGGACUCACCACCUGUGGCUAUUGUUCUGAACGCACUUAUGAUUGAUAAGUGGAGUGAAGACCCAAUUUUGACUGCAGUUCUGAAGCCCAUCCUGCUAAAACUUGGGGUUCGGUACAUAUAUUAUGAAAAGAAGCGCGGGAAAGCACUAGAUCCCGUUGCGAACUUCCAUGUGCGAAAUGGCGCAAUCUUUGAGCGAAUUAACUGGCUGGCCGAUGUGUCCCAAAAGGGUCUUGCUCAAAGCGCUGGGAUGAUGAUAAACUACAAGUACGAUCUGGCACACGUGGAGACAAAUAAUGAAAACUACUUGAUGCACAACAUCAUUCCGGUUGGACUUCAGCCGCAGCAAACAUCGCUAUGGUGCUUGCACAAGAUGAGAUCGACGCAUGUAGGGAAGCAUUUCUCAACUUUGACAAAGAUCGGAGCGGCACUAUUGAUGUUUGGGAACUGCGCAAUGGGACAACAGCCGACCGAGGAAGAACUUUUUCAAAUGAUCAGCGAAGUUGAUGAAGAUAUGAGUGGCGCCAUUGAUUUUGCAGAGUUUUUGCAGGUCAUCGAUAAUCAGAAAGAUCGAGCCGCCAUGUUCGAAGAUGAUAGCGAUAUGAUCGAUGCAUUCGUUGCAUGCGGUGGAAAGCCAGACAAGACUGGAUUUGUGCGCAAAGAAACUUUAGUGAAAAUCGUCAAAACUGAUUUCGGUCUUACUAUCAAUAUCGAGGAAAUGAUCAAUAAGCUAGAUGUGAAUGGUAGCGGAGAAAUUGAAUUUGAAGAGUUUAAAGCCAUCCUGACGUAA